CUCGGUCCCCGCCCCCUUCCAUCUGCAUCUGCAGCCUCAGCUAUAGUUACAUAACGGGGAACGUGGCAGAUGGUGGGGGCGGAGAGAAGGCCGGGGGACUGGGGAGCUCCGAUGCCAGUGUUCGCCUCCAGUCCUUGAUCCUGACUUUGAACAAGGGUGGGAGCCUCCCUUCCCCACUUCCCACACUUUUCUCUCAGCCUCAGUUUCCUUUCCCAACACCCCCCCCCCCCAGAAAUGGUGGAGGGUACUACCGGGCUGGGCGCCAGGAAGUCUAGGUCCGCAGCUUGGCCUCUCCUUCCGUGCAUCUUAGCUCCUAAGGUCUUUCCUCCAUCAAAGUCCCCUCCCCCUCCCGAUCCCCCUUCUUCAAGGCCCCACAGGACCGCACUCCUCCCACAGUCCUGCCCCUUGCUAGAGCCUCCCUACGGGAAUGGAAAACUGAGAUUCCUCGACUGUGCAUCUCUUCCAGCUCCUCCGGAUAUAAGGCGGAGAUGGGGAUGGGGGAAGAGGGGGGCAUUGGACUGCCUGAGGAGGGGGGAGUGGGAAGCUGUGGAUAACAGCCCCGCACGUGGAUGAGCUUCGGUUUCCUAUUCCCACCCCCCACCCCCAACAUCCCAACUCUCAGUCUCCCGGAGUUACUGUACAGAGGGGAAGAUGGAGUACUCGAGGAACCUCUAGUUCUGGGCCUCAGUUUCCCUACUUUUGACUUCUUUCCAUAGGGGCGCUGGUCGGGGGUGGGACCUGAGCUUAAGGAGAGUCAGCAAAUACCCUCCCCUUACUUUCUGGGCUGGGACAAUUUAGAGGGAAUGGGAGAAUAGGAGGAAGGGGCGGAGGCGAGGGUUAAGGGGGAGGGGCAGGACGAAGAAAAGAGCCAAGACCUGGAGGGAGACUCAGACCGACUGACUGACCGACGGACACCACUGAGCUUCGCCCCCUUCCCGCCCCCAACCCAUCCCCUCCUCUGUCCUAUCCUACGUCCUGGCCAUGCAGAGGUUCCUGCUUACCUUGACCGUCCUGGCACAGACCUCCCGCCUCAGCCCCGGUCUGGGGGCAAUUCCAACCCUUGCCAGCCCAACUCCCCACCUCCGGACCCAGGAGUCCCAGAUCUCUCUAACCCCUAGGCCUGCAAUUUCCCGAGACCCUACCACCCCCUCCCCAUGGUCCAGGACACCGAAAUUCCUGGUUCCCCAAACCUCUGGGCCCACAACUCCCUCGAUCCCCAAUAUCUCUACCCUUCGCCCCCAGCCCCCUGAGUCUCUGACCCCUAGAAUCCCUUGGUCCGCAACUUCUCCAGCUCCUGCCACCCCUACCUCACGACCCAGAACCCAGACGGCUCCGGUUCCUCGAACCCCAAGACCAGGGACUCCGGCUUCCCGAGCUCCCCAUGCCUCCACCCCGAGGUCUGGGGAGUCCAAAGAGGAGGCGAAGAAGGAGAAAGCAAAGCCAGUGCUUCAAGUCAAGGUCCGAGUUGUCAAGAAGAAGAAAGUUGUUGUGAAGAAAAGGAAGAAGCUGGGUCCAACCCACCCAAGUCCGGGAAACCAAGAGAUCACUCCGGAGCCAGGCUGCCCACCCCUGGGGCUGGAAUCUCUUCGAGUCUCUGAUGAACAGUUCCAGGCUUCUAGUAGUCAAUCAUAUGGCCUGGGUGCCCACCGAGGAAGGCUCAACAUCCAGUCAGGCUUAGUGGAUGGGGACCUAUUUGAUGGGGCCUGGUGCCCAGAGCCAGAGGAUGAUUGGCCCUGGCUGCAGGUGGAUGCUGGUCGGCUGGCCCGGUUCACAGGUGUUAUCACCCAGGGCAGGAACUCUAUCUGGAGGUAUGACUGGGUCACAUCCUACAAGAUCCAGUUCAGCAAUGACACUCUUACCUGGUGGGGGACUAAGAAUCGAAGCAGUGGACUGGAUGAGGUGUUCCCUGGGAAUUCUGACCCUGACACACCCGUGCUGGUACUGCUCACUCAGCCUCAGGUGGCACGAUACAUACGGCUACUACCCCAGACCUGGCUACAAGGGGGUGCCGCCUGCCUCCGCCUUGAAGUGUUAGCCUGUCUGCUCCCAGACCCCAAUGGGUUUUUCCCCCGGGAGCCUCAGCUUGGAUCUUCAGACCCUCUGGAUUUCCGCCAUCAUGAUUACAAGGCUAUGAGAAAGCUAAUGAAGAAGGUGAAUGAUCAGUGCCCCAACAUCACUCGUGUCUACAGCAUUGGAAAAAGUCAUCAGGGCCUGAAACUCUACGUGAUGGAAAUGUCUGACCAGCCUGGCGAACAUGAGCUAGGAGAACCAGAGGUGCGCUACGUGGCCGGCAUGCACGGGAAUGAGGCACUUGGCAGGGAACUGCUUUUGCUGCUCAUGCAAUAUUUGUGUCUUGAAUUCCUCCGUGGGAACCCUCGGGUGACACGGCUCCUCACGGAGACGCGCAUCCAUCUGCUGCCCUCCAUGAACCCUGAUGGCUAUGAAAUCGCUUACCGACGGGGCUCGGAGCUGGUUGGGUGGGCUGAGGGAAGAUGGACCCACCAGUACAUUGACCUGAACCACAACUUUGCUGACCUCAACACACCUCUAUGGGAAGCUGAGGAUGAUGGACUGGUGCCCCAUAGCUUCCCCAACCACCACCUGCCACUGCCAGCUUACUACACAAUGCCCAAUGCCACAGUGGCUCCGGAGACUCGGGCUGUGAUUGACUGGAUGCAGAGAAUUCCAUUUGUGCUGAGUGCCAACUUACAUGGCGGAGAGCUGGUGGUGUCCUAUCCCUAUGAUAUGACUCGGACCCCCUGGGAAGCCCAGGAGCUCACUCCCACGCCUGAUGAACCCGUCUUCCGCUGGCUCAGCACCGUCUUCGCAGGGACCAGCCGAGCCAUGCAGGAGCCAGGCCGACGGCCCUGCCACAGCGAGGAUUUCUCACACCACGGCCAUAUCAUCAAUGGCGCCGAAUGGCACUCAGUUGCUGGGAGUAUGAAUGACUUCAGCUACCUCCACACAAACUGCUUUGAGAUUACUGUGGAACUCUCCUGUGACAAGUUCCCCCAUGAAAGCGAGCUGCCCCAGGAGUGGGAGAACAACAAGGAUGCCCUCAUCACCUACCUGGAGCAGGUGCGAGUGGGCAUUUCCGGACUCGUGUUAGACAAGGACACAGAGCAAGGCAUUCCGGAUGCUGUCAUCGCAGUGGAUGGCAUCAACCACGAUGUCACCACAGCCCCAGGCGGGGACUACUGGCGGAUGCUGACCCCUGGUGAUUACAUGGUGACAGCCAGUGCAGAGGGAUACCACUCGGCCACCAAGCCCUGCAGAGUCUCUUUUGAGGAGGGUCCCACUCUCUGCCACUUCCGUCUCAGCAAGACACCCAAGCAGCGGCUUCGAGAGCUCCUGGCAUCGGGUGUCAAGGUGCCCCCUGACCUAAGGAGGCGGCUGGACCGCCUUCGAGGCCGAGGGGUGAGGGCAGGUGGUGCUGGACGCUGCCCUGGGGGCUGUCACAGGCAGGACCUGGAUUAAAGCCUUCGUGUCACCA